CAGUAAGGGUGCUCUUCUGUCAACGAUCAAUCAAAACUUUUGCAGCUAAAAACAGCAUUGAAUUUAGUUUGUUUUUUUUUUUUUUUUUUGGAAAUUCCCAUUGAAUUGAAAAUGUCGACUGAUAAUUUAACAGCCAUUCUAUAUGGAGUAGAAGAUAUUCGCUUGGAACAACAACCAAUUCCAACGAUUCGUGAUGACCAAGUAUUAUUGAGAAUGGAUUCGGUGGGCAUUUGUGGUUCCGAUGUGCAUUAUCUUGUUCAUGGACGUAUUGGUGAUUUUAUUUUAAAAAAACCCAUGGUUAUUGGCCAUGAAUCAUCUGGAAUUGUCCAUAAAGUUGGUAAAUCAGUGAAACAUUUAAAAGUUGGUGAUCGUGUUGCAAUUGAACCGGGUGUUCCUUGUCGUUACUGUGAAAAUUGUAAAGCGGGAAAAUACAAUUUAUGCCCUGAUAUGGUUUUCUGUGCAACACCACCAGUGGAUGGAAAUCUUACACGAUACUAUGCGCAUGCAGCUGAUUUUUGCUUUAAAUUACCGGAUCAUGUGAGCAUGGAAGAGGGUUCUUUAUUGGAACCACUUGCCGUUGGCAUUCAUGCAUGUCGUCGUGCAUACGUUGGUCUUGGCACAAGAAUUUUAAUUCUGGGCGCUGGACCAAUCGGUUUAUCCGCAUUGAUUGCUGCAAGAUCAAUGGGCGCUGGAAAUAUCAUUAUCACUGACAUUGUACAGGAUCGCUUAGAUGUGGCCAAAGAAUUGGGCGCUACAUUCACACUUGUUGUUCCAAAAGAUGCAAGCGAAUCGGAUAUGGUUAAAAAAGUACAUGAAACACUUGGAUGUGCACCUGAUGUUUCGAUUGAUUGCAGCGGUUUAGAAACAACAAAUCGUUUGGCUAUACUUGGUACAAAAUCGGGUGGAUGUGUUGUUAUUGUCGGUUGUGGACCGUCAGAGGUUAAAGUGCCAUUGGUAAUGGGACUUACACGAGAAAUUGAUAUUCGCGGCGUUUUUCGAUACUGUAAUGACUAUUCAUCGGCAUUGGCAUUGGUUGCAAGCGGCCGAUUCAAUGUUAAAAAAUUGGUAACACAUCAUUUCGAUAUAACAGAAACCAAAGAGGCUUUCGACACCGCCAGAUAUAAUCGCGAUGGUGCCAUUAAAGUUAUGAUUCAUUGCACACCUCGUAAUGAAAAUAAUCCGACACCAUUUUAAAUGAAAAAAAAAAAAGAAAAAUCUGAGAAAAAAAUUACCACACAUAUUUGUUAAGAAAUAAAAAAAAAAUUAAUUUUAUCGCAUCUGUACAUUUACGUCAUUCGAAUUGUUAUUAAAUUGGUCAAUAAAUCUCUGUGAACGAUAACAAUAAUCAAAGUUUAAGGUCAGUGAGAUGUUUGUUUGAAUUUUUA